AUGUCGGAAGAGAAGGGUCUCAAGAUACAUGCAAUUGCUCAGUUGUUCAGGUAUGCAACGAAGGGGAUAGGGAGUGGUUUGUUUGGAAAUAUGACCGUAGGUGAUUCUUGGAUUCAGAGUUGCAAGUGCCAACAAGCUGAAAGUAUAAGUGGGGCAACUACAGAAGAUGAGAAUGGGACAUGGUUUGCGGAUAGUGCAAAGAAAUUGAACACAAUCAACAACAUGGUGAAUGCGCCGAAUGCUUUGGAAUUUCAAGAUGUUCAGCAGUUGAAACAGGAAAAGGAGGGCUUGUCACCUAAUGGAACAAAUGGAACAGUUAGAUAUGCCUUACACAAGAUUAGUGUUGAUUCGCUCGAGGAUGGAGCGUGGGAUCGACUACGUGAAUCUAUAUGGUUUAUUAUUGCGGAAGUCCUGUUGGAACCAUUGCUGCAAAGGAUCCUACCAGUUUCAAUGUGUUAA